UGUCAGCCAGAUCCUGCUGCUAACCCUGGUUCAAACAGCAGCUCUUCCAGGUGCAGUGCACACUGACAGUCAGCUGGCUGAGGGUGAUCUCCUCUGUACAGGAAGAGCUGGGGGCUCACACAUUCCCCAGCCAGCCAUGGAUUGCCAAGUUGGUUCUAACAUGGGGAAAGACAAAUCUUCAAUCAUGAGGAAGAGGGCAGCCCUGCUGAGGAAAGGAUGCAGCUUUGAGAUACAAAGAGCUACAGCGCACCCAGUCAGCUCUGUCUCGGAGGAUCUGGGCUGCCGACGGGGUGAAUUUAGCAGGAAACACUAUGGGUCUGUGGAGCUGCUUAUUUCAAGUGAUGCAGAUGGGGCCAUACAAAGAGCUGGGAGAUUCCGUGUGGAGAAUGGAUCCUUAGAUGAGAAUAUUGAGUAUACACCAGGGACCUGGAGAAGAACAGAUGUGCAUUUGGAAAACCCUGAAUAUCACACCAGAUGGUACUUCAAAUAUUUUCUUGGGAAAGUCCAUCAAAACUACAUUGGAACAGAUGCAGAGAAGAACCCUUUUUUUCUUUCUGUGGUUCUCUCCGACCAGAAUAACCAGCGAGUACCACAGUACCGCGCAAUUCUAUGGAGAAAAACAAAAUUUACCAAAAGACAGCAUGGCACCGUGGGGGCUUCAAGAAAUUUGGACAGCCUGGGGACACAGAAAAUAUGCCUUUCAUACUGCCCAACAAAAACUCUGUCUGUGAAAUCUAUAUUAAGUGCCAUGAACCUUGACCGAUUUGAGAAAAGCCCCAGGGAAAUUCUCAAUCCAGAGAUCCAAAAGGACCUGCUGGUUUUAGAAGAACAAGAGGGCUCAGUGAAUUUUAAGUUUGGAGUUCUUUAUGCCAAAGAUGGCCAGCUUACCGAUGAUGAAAUGUUUAGUAACGAAGCUGGGAGUGAAAGUUUUCAAAAAUUGCUAAGUUUACUCGGAGACACUAUCACGUUGAAGAGCUGGAUAGGCUAUCGAGGAGGACUAGACACCAAAAAUGACACAACAGGAAUACAUUCUGUCUACACGGUUUAUCAAGGCCACGAGAUCAUGUUCCACGUUUCGACUAUGCUACCAUACUCUAAAGAAAACAAACAACAGGUAGAAAGGAAACGUCACAUUGGUAAUGACAUUGUCACAAUAGUGUUUCAGGAAGGGGAAGAAUCAUCGCCAUCUUUUAAACCAUCCAUGAUACGCUCUCAUUUUACACAUAUUUUUGCCUUAGUGAGAUACAAUAAGCAGAAUGACAGUUACAGGCUAAAAAUAUUUUCAGAAGAAAGCGUGCCUCUCUUCGGACCUCCCCUCCCAUCCCCUCCUGUCUUUACAGAUCACCAAGAAUUCAGGGACUUUCUUCUAGUUAAACUAAUAAAUGGUGAGAAAGCCACUCUGGAGACGCCAACCUUUGCCCAGAAAAGGCAGCGAACUCUGGAUAUGCUCAUAAGAUCGCUCUAUCAGGAUCUCAUGCCUGAUUUACAUAAGAACAUGCUCAAUAGGCGGUCCUUCAGUGAUGUUCUUCCAGAAUCACCAAAAUCAGCCAGGAAAAAAGAAGAGGCUCGUCAGGCAGAAUUUGUCCGAAUUGGCCAGGCUCUGAAGUUAAAAACCAUCGUGAGAGGUGAUGCCCCAACAAGUCUGGCCACAACAGGAUUAUGUAGGAAAGAGCCAUGGGAAUCCCAGUGCUUCUGUAAUAGCUUCCCCCAUGAAGCCAUUGGUGGCGAUUCGUGGGGCCAGUCUUUGCUCAUUUCCACAGACGCUGGGGUCUUGCUAAUAGACGAUGGCCAGCCAUCAAUACCAGUAUUCGAUAAAACAAUGCAGGUCAAGCAGAUUCAGAUCCUCGAAAACUUGGAUCUACUAAUUGCUCGAGCAGACAAAGGAAAGGAUGCACGACUGUAUGUGUUCAGACUGAGCUCUAUCAGGAAGGGACUGGAGGACAAACAAGUUAUGAAGACCAAGUAUGAAUGCAGAGACAAUAAACUUGAAAAAACAAAAGGAUGCCACUUAUAUGCUAUCAACACCCACAACAGCAACGAGCUGAGAAUUGUAGCGGCCAUAAGGAACAAAUUGCUGCUUAUCACACGGAAACAGACUCAACUCAACACUUUUACUGGCUUCACAGUUAACUCUCCUUCAACUGAUUCUCCCGUGGAUGAGUUCCAGUACAUCAGGGAGAUCUGUCUGUCUGAUCCUCCAGUACUGAUGACCCUUGUGGAUGGACCGACUGGCGAGAAUGACAACACAAUCUGUGUUGCGUACAGACACCAAUUUGAUUUGGUGAACGAGAGCACUGGAGAGUCCUGCCGGCUGCAUCAUGUUGAUGCGAGUAGGGUUCAUUUUGUUGCAGCUAUUGAUGUAUAUGAAGAUGGUGAGGCUGGUUUAUUGCUCUGCUAUAACUACAUAUGUUACUACAAAAAGGUGUGUCCGUUCAAUGGCGGAUCCCCACUGAUCCAGCCGUCUGCAUCUGACUUCCAUUUUAGCUGGAACCAAGUCCCCAACGCUGUUGUCUGUGCGUUCCCAUACAUUUUGGCUUUCACCACCGACUCUAUAGAGAUCAGAUUGGUUGUGAACGGCAAUUUGGUGCAUACCGCUGUUGUACCUGAACUGCAGCUUGUGGCAUCCAGGUCAGAUAUUUAUUUUAAAGCAACAGCUGCAGUGAUUUCCUCAUCCAAUAGCAGUUCAAAGGACACCAGUUCCCACAGCUCUCCGCAGACACCUAGCGGAUAUGAGUUGCCUGUUUUCCCCUCACCACCGGUAGAAGGUGAAGUGCAAUGCAGGAACAUCUACAAGAUUCCUCUCAGUAACUUGGUUGGAAGGAGCAUUGAGCGACCUUUAAAGUCACCGCUGGCUCCCAAACUGAUCACUACACCCACAUCUAGCGGCAUAUCCUGCAUCCCUGUCACACACUCGCUGUCACUAUCCCGUAUGGAAAUCAAAGAAAUAGCCAGCCGGACGAGGAAAGAAUUAUUGGGCCUUUCUCAUGAACCAACAACCAAAUCAGAGGCAUCGCAAAGACAGAAAAAACUUGCCAGGAAACAACCAGAGGAAGAAUCAAAACAGGAAGAAGCAGUGAGAUCAACCAGCACUGACAGAAUAAAUUCAGGCUCUUUUGAAAGUAAUUCCGAAGGGCAGCGUCACUGUUCCACCAGUUCGGACCCAGACACUAAUAUCAGCGUGGAGGAAAGUCCCCCCUUCAGCAGCUCCUUUCCGAUGGUCACUUCCUUUGAUGAGGAGGACAUCAUUGACCUGAAGUGAAGACAAUCUCAGCAACCCUCGUCCUUCUCUAUCCUCUUUCCACCCCUUUCUGACAGACGUUAGGGUCCUGGGGGAAUGUCACAACACUGCUUUAUGCGAUCCGGUGCUCGGAAAACCAAUCAGAACGUUGCAGAACCGCGGCUGAACAAUAUACGCUGCUAGCGUCAUAGAUAUACUUUCUAUGCCCAUAGAUGGAUCACUUUGCUACAUAGUUACCAACCCUGGUUUGAAACCAAGUGUGUAUCACCUUUAUUUCAAUGUAUUUAUAAAUGUCUAUCUUUAUAUAUCACUAUGCCUUCAGAGAGUGCUACGUGCCAGUUUCACUAGUUGGCUCCUGGCGCUAGGCACACUCUACUUUAAAAAGGGCCAAACAAGAGUGUCACGCCCUGAUCUACAUACCCAUCCAGUUGUGUUAUGCUGCCCGAGAGGCAAUCAACCAAUUAUAAUUGGAUCUCAGGUCCCGCUGAGGGUGAGCCCAUUAACCCUGUGCGUUCUAGUGGAGGGAGCAACACAAUAAAUUAGUGCCUUGCACACCACUCUGGCACCCAUAGGGUUACAACAGAUCAUAACCUCAAACUAGAUAAGAAAACGAUUCACUUUAAAAUGAUUGUUUGCUCGCAAGGCAUUAUAAAAUACAGGGGCAUUCUUUUUAAGAAAUAUUUUUUUACAUGGAUACAAAAAAACAAAAACACAAAAUACCCCACCUUCAAAUCUUAUCCCUUUACAAAUAUCGGAGCUGCUAAUUAACUCUCUCUGUUCGUUCCCUGGUACGGUUGGAACGAUCCCCCUCUGUGAGAGUAAGAUACAAGGAACCAGAUGAAACUGCGCACAUCUGCGUAGGAUGUACUAACAACGCCGUUUUUAAAUGCGACAAUGUUUUACCAUUCACCUAUUUUCUCACUUAAAACGUGCCAAGGAACAAUCUCAUUUGUUUUCUACAGAUUCACUUCCAUUUUUUUUUCUCUCUUCCAUCAACAAAAAUAAUAUAUAAACUUUGUUACGUGUUCUAAAAUAAUAAUAAUUUUAUAUGUAUAUAUGUAUAUAUAUUUUAUUAGACUUAUUUGUAUAGUGACGUAUGUGCUCAGAAAUUGACUAUCACUUUUGGAAUGUAAGCAUGAUUUCACUCUACUUUGAAGCCUACAUAAGAAAUUCCAAUUCAUUCCAGUCCAGAUUUUCUAAAUUGCAUUCCACACGCGCAGUUUUUUCCCCUUCCAUUUGGUUUUUAUGGACUUGAUGGGGACCCACAAAGCCAAAAUAAAAAAUCUCUGAUUGCCACCUAGUGGAAGAUGCAGGAUAUUCAGGAAAAAUACAGAGAUAAGAAUAGCAGAGUUUAUUAAUAGUAAAUACUCAGGUUUCUUCCUGAUAAAUAGCCUUUCAAUGCAGAUCUGAAUACUACAAAGUACAUACUACAAGUACGUUAUAAAUGCAUGUUUCACGUCUGUGCAAAACAAAAUAUAAAAUGGAUAAAAAACAA